AUGAAUAUAUUAUUGAUUCGGGGACACAUACAAGCAAAGAAGAAAGAUGGCGAGGGAAAGAAGAAGAAGAGGAGACAGAGAGAGAAGAAGAAGAGACAGAGAGAGAAGAAGAGGAGACAGAAGAAGAGGAGACAGAAGAAGAGGAGACAGGAGAAGGAGAAAGAGAAGAAAGAGAAGGAGAAGAGGAGACAGAGAGAGAAGAAGAAGAGGGGGGAGAGAGAGAAGAGACAGAAAGAGGUGAGGAGACAGAAAGAGAAGAGGAGACAGAAGAGGAGACAGGAGAGGAGACAGAUAGAGAAGAAGAAGAGACAGAAGAAGAAGGAGAGAGAGAAGAAGAAGAAGAAGAAGAGACAGAGGGGGGAGAAGAGACAGAAGAAGAAAGAGAAGAAGAAAGAGAAGAUGAGACAGAAGGAGGAGACAGAGAAGAAGAAGAAGAGACAGAAGAAGAUAGAGAAGAAGGAGAAAGAGAAGAAGAUAAAGGAUAAGAGACAGAGACAGAAGAAGAGACAGAAGGAGAGACAGAGACAGAAGAAGAGGGGGGAGGAGACAGAGAAGAAGAAGAGACAGAAGAAGAGACAGAUGAAGAAGAGACAGAAGAAGAAGAGGAGGCGGGGGGCAAUGGGGGUGAUGAUGGUGGUGAUGCUGCUGGUGUGCUUCUGA